AUGAUCUUUGGCAUGGAACAGGCUGGGGUCGACCACGAAGCUCUUCUUGACACCUAUAUCCGCGCAAUCAACGUCGUUACUCAGGGACGACCCGAUGAUUUGACUAUCGGCGUUCAUAUGUGUCGUGGAAAUUUCAAAGUUUGUCUGUUCUUGCUUCAUGGUUCUGAUCACCUUAUGGAUGAUAUCAAUUUCCAGGGUGGUAUGCAUUUUACAGAAGGAGGGUACGAAAGAAUUGCAAUCAAGGUCUUCAACGCAUUGGAUGUAGAUCUUGAAUAUGACACAGAACGUGCGGGAGACUUUCAACCCCUGAAGUUUCUGCCUCUGGGCAAGGUGGUCGUCCUCGGGCUGGUGACAACCAAGAAUCCAAAAGAUGAGAUCAAGAAGCUCUCACUUCUUGUCGAAGCAGCCAAAAAGAUAUGGCACGACUGA